CGAGAAUUUCAGUGGGAGACCAGGUGCACCUGUCGCUGAGGGAGAAAUGCAUGCCUUGAGACAUGACAUACUUCCGCCUAGUGGUGUUGAGUUUGCAACGACACUGAAACUCACGCCCUCAACUAUCACUGGAUCUUCCAGACAAGAAAAGUUGCCUCGCGUUCUUACCAACGUCGUCGUCUCAAGAUCUAACCUUUUGCGCAUUUUCGAAGUGUGGGAGCAAUCUCCACAAAUCUCAACUUAUAUUGAAGAUGAGCGAGAGCGGAGGGCUCAUGUGCGAAAGGGCACUGAGGCUGUAGAGGGCGAAGUAGAGAUGGACGAGGGUGGAGAAGGGUGGGUUAAUAUGGGGUCCGUAAAGGCUACUGCAAAGAAAGAUCCUUCAACGGUGUCACGCUUCCACUUUGUGCGAGAGCACACUCUGCAUGGCACUGUCACUGGCAUGGAAAGCGUGCGCAUUAUGUCAACUUAUGAGGACCAACUAGAUCGUCUAUUAGUGUCCUUCAAGGAUGCCAAGAUAGCUCUCCUUGAGUGGUCAGACGCUGCACACGAUCUUGUCACCGUUUCGAUACAUACGUAUGAGCGCGCGCCCCAGAUGGUUUCAUUGGACAGUCCCCUUUUCAAAACGGAAUUGCGUGCAGACCCCUUGUCACGAUGUGCAGCACUGUCUCUUCCAAAGGAUGCAUUUGCUAUUCUUCCGUUCUUUCAGACCCAAGCAGAACUCGAAAUAAUGGAGCAGGAACAAAACCAUACAAGGGACGUACCGUACUCUCCAAGUUUCGUGCUAGACCUCGUCAACGAUGUUGAUGAGCGCAUUCGGAACGUCAUAGACUUUGUUUUCCUUCCUGGAUACAACAACCCGACAGUCGCAGUGCUUUGCCAAUCUGAGCAGACGUGGGCUGGUCGUCUCAAGGAGUACCGUGACACGGCUCGCCUCUACAUCUUUACCUUGGACCUCAUGAGUCGCAAUUACCCCAUUAUCACUGCUGUCGACGGUCUCCCUUACGACAGCGUGUCUCUCCUUCCCUGCGCAACUUCACUUGGAGGUGUCAUCGUCCUUACAAGUAAUUCCAUCAUAUAUGUCGAUCAAGCAGCUCGCCGCGUGGCCCUUCUCGAUAUGCCAAUGCCUCCAGCAGACAAAGACCUUGGCCUAUGCAUCGAGGGUAGUCGGCUCGUGUUUGUCGAUGAAAAGACUUUCUUUGUCAUUCGAAAAGAUGGCAUGAUACACCCCAUUGAGAUUAUCCUAGAUGGGAGGACUGUAUCCAAAUUAGUGCUAUUACCUGUUAUUGCUCAGACGACCAUACCAGCUGUCGCCAAAUUACUGAAUGACGACCUGCUUUUUGUGGGAAGCAUGGUUGGACCGUCGGUAUUAAUGAAGGCGGCUAGGGAAGAGGUACCUCUCGAACUUCCUGCGCAACAAACUGGUGCUGCCACCGCUAUCAAUUUUUCUGAUAGUAUGGAUUUAGACGAUGACGAUGAUCUAUAUGGCGAUUCACAAACCGCCACACGGGCGACUGUUGGAGCAACGUCGGGAACCAGUGCUGCGACAAAGACUCGUUCCAUCAUUCACCUUUCAUUGUGCGACUCGUUACCCGCAUAUGGCCCAAUCGCUGAUAUGACAUUUUCUCUUGCUAAGAAUGGAGAACGUUUUGUCCCGGAACUUGUUGCUGCUACAGGAGCAGGUCAUCUAGGCGGAUUCACCCUUUUCCAGCGCGACCUUCCGACGCGUACGAAACGGAAACUGCAUGUACUUGGAGGGGCACGAGGAAUCUGGUCUCUUUCCGUUCGCCAGUCCCAACGUGUUAAUGGUCUCUCUUAUGAGAAGGCUACAAGCCCAUUUUCAGCCGAAAUUGACACGAUAAUAAUUAGCACAGACGCUAAUCCUACGCCAGGUGUUUCGCGGAUAGCAACCCGAACUGCAAAAACCGACAUCGCUAUUCCGACUCGCAUACCUGGGACAACUAUAAGCGCAGCCCCGUUCUUCCAGCGUACCACCAUAUUGCAUGUCAUGACAAACGCUAUCCGCGUGCUGGAGCCCGACGGUAAUGAAAGACAGGUUAUCAAAGAUAUGGACGGUAGUUUGCCUCGGGCAAAAAUUAAAUCAUGCAGUAUCUGUGAUCCUUUUGUGCUUAUCCUGCGAGAAGAUGAGUCUAUCGGUCUUUUCAUUGGUGAAACGGAGCGAGGGAAGAUUCGACGCAAAGAUAUGUCUCCAAUGGGUGACAAGUCGUCUCGUUAUAUUGCGGGCUGUUUCUUCACGGAUACUAUUGCAGCUGGCAACAGAAGUCAAUGGCUCAUGCUCGUACGACCGCAGGGCGUCAUGGAGAUCUGGUCACUACCGAAGUUGACUCUUGUGUUCUCAACUACUGCGAUCUCUACGCUGGAGAAUAUAUUAGUAGACUCCCGGACUCCUGCUGCUUUGUCUUUACCACAAGAUCCCCCCAGAAAGCCUCAGGAUCUUGAUAUCGAUCAAAUUCUCGUUGCACCCUUAGGCGAAACAUCUUUGAUUCCUCAUCUGUUUGUUUUCACGCGUUCGGGAAACAUGGCCAUUUAUGAAGCCUUGCCGGCGCCUGCUUCCACCGAACAGGCAGAUCCUCCUCUACCUAACCCACGGACUUCAUUUUUGAAGGUCAAGUUCCACAAAGUCGUGUCCAAAACCUUUGAAAUCCAGAGAGUUGAGGAAACGGAGAAAACUGUACUUGCAGAGCAUAAGAAAAUCUCGCGGACAUUUGUUCCAUUUGCGACUUCCCCAAACGUGGAGUGUACCCUUGCCGGUGUUUUCUUCACGGGUGAUAGGCCAUGCUGGAUCAUAGCAACCGAUAAGGGUGGAUUAAGGGUGGUACCCUCGGGACAUACCGUCGUUCACGCAUUCACUGCGUGUUCUCUUUGGGAGUCCAAGGGAGAUUUUCUCCUGUAUUCUGACGAGGGUCCCACUCUCCUUGAAUGGGCACCGGAAGUCCAACUUGACAGUUGUCUACCGUACCGCAGCAUUCCUCGAUCACGCGCAUACUCUAACAUUGUGUUCGAACCAUCGGCCUCGUUGAUAGUGGCUACUUCCUCAUUACAGGCCCGUUUUGCUUCCUAUGACGAAGACGGUAACAUCAUUUGGGAGCCUGAUGGGAAUGGUGUUUCCUUCCCUUAUACCGACUGCUCGACGCUCGAGCUGAUUUCGCCGGAACAUUGGGUUACAAUGGAUGGUUACGAAUUUGCGUCUAAUGAAACUGUCAACGCCCUGACUUGUGUUUUGCUUGAAACAACAAGCACGGAAAGUGGGACCAAGAAUUUCAUUGCUGUGGGAACAACAAUCAACCGAGGAGAAGAUUUGGCUGUGAAGGGAGCGACAUACGUUUUCGAAGCCGUUGAGGUUAUUUCCGAUCCUAAUUGGACACCGAAAAGAUGGUACAAAUUGAAGCUGCGAGUGAAGGAUGAUACGAAAGGCCCCGUAACAGCUGUGUGCGGCAUAAAUGGUUAUCUUGUGUCAUCUAUGGGCCAGAAGAUUUUUAUUCGCGCUCUUGAUCUGGACGAACGCCUGGUUGGUGUUGCCUUCCUAGAUGUCGGCGUCUACGUUACAUCACUGCGCUCAAUGAAGAAUCUUCUCUUGAUCGGGGAUGCCGUGAAAAGUGUCUGGCUGGUGGCUUUCCAAGAAGAUCCGUAUAAACUCGUCACACUGGCCAAGGACGUACGAAGGAGGUGUGCCACAACUGUGGACUUUUUCUUUGCUGGGGGAGAUUUAGCCAUUGCUAGCGAAGACGAAGAGGGGGUCCUAAGGCUAUUUGCAUAUGAUCCUUCAGAUCCCGAGUCUCGAGGGGGACAGCAUUUAUUGUGCCACACAGAGUUCCACAGUCAUAAAGAGUGCCGCUCAACCAUCAUGAUUGCUCGGCGCACGAAAGACGAACAACUCAUUCCUCAAGCAAAACUGGUGUCUGGAUUUACGGACGGAUCCCUAUCAACCCUCACACCCGUAGAUGAAGCUGUUUUCAAACGACUACAACUUUUGCAAGGGCAGUUGGCACGGAAUGUGCAGCACACUGCUGGAUUGAAUCCGAAAGCCCAUCGAAUUGUGCGAAAUGAGGCCGUGUCCAAGCCUUUAUCGAAGAGUGUCCUUGAUGGCCAACUCCUUAGCGAAUUUCAAGUAUUGGGGAUCAGUCGCCAGAAUGAAAUCACGCGACAGAUUGGUACAGAGAGAGCACUUGUUUUGCAUGACUGGUCUUCUCUCAUUGUUCCGUGGUAGUGAGAAUUCCAGUAUCUGUUAUUCUGACCUGCAAU